GUCAUGGGUCCCAGUGGCGCCGGCAAGAGUACCUUCCUCGACGCCAUCUGCCAGCGCACGUCGCGAGCAUCCGGCGAGGUCACGAUCAACGGCACGACCGACUACUCGGUCAAGGCGCUCCUGUCGUUCGUCGAGCAGGACGACGCCCUUCUCGGCGUCCUCACGGUCCGCGAGACAGUCACGUUCGCCGCUCAGCUCGCGCUCGGACCGUCUUUCCCGAACCUGUCGCAGCACGUCGACGCCACCCUCGCCUCGCUCGGCCUCUCGUCGGUCGCCCACCAGCGCAUCGGUACGCCCUUGCAGCGCGGCGUCUCGGGCGGCCAGAAGCGCCGCCUCACCAUCGCGUGCUCGGUCGUCGCCAAGCCGAGGAUCCUCGUCCUCGACGAGCCCACGAGCGGGCUCGACGCCAAGAGCGGCAAGGAGGUCGUCGCGUUCCUGCAGCGUCUCGCGCAUGAGCAGGGCGUGCUCGUCAUCUGUACCAUCCACCAGCCAGCCUACGAAACCUUCGCCCUGUUCGACCGCCUCCUCCUCCUCGCGCGCGGCAAGGUCAUGUUCGACGGCCCGACGACCGACCUCGACCGGUACCUCGUCGACAUUGGCUCGCCUACGCCCGAGCACGUCAACCCGGUCGACCAGGUCGUCGACGUCGUCUCGACCGACUUCCUCCCCGCACCGGCCCACAGCAACGCCAUCAGCGAGAAGGCCGCCUCGUCGCCCACCACCUCCCACCUCGCGCCCGACCACAUGUUCCCGACUGCCGACGAGCGCGUCGACGGGCUCGCCGCCACGUGGGCCGCCUGGGCCGCCCGCAACGACCUCGUCCGCUCGCCUUUGCCGUCUCGUGCCGGCGACGAAAACCUCCACGCGAGGUCGCACGGUCGGGCGGCCGCCCUCGUCGGCCUGCGCAAGACGCUCGCGCUCAGCCACCGCAACGUCCUCAACUACAGCCGCUCGCUCCUCGCCUACGGCAUCCGCCUCGGCAUGUACAUCGGCAUGGCGUUCCUCCUCGCGACGAUUUGGGUCCACCUCGGCUGGUCGGCGUCGAAGCUCAACGACCGCCUGAGCGUCUCGUUCUUCAGCGUCGCCUUCCUCGGCUUCAUGAGCGUCGCCGGCAUCCCGGCGUUCCUCGAGGAGCGCGCCGUCUUCAUCCGCGAGCGGGCCAACGGCCUCUACUCGCCCGGCCAGUACCUUCUCGCGUCGACGCUCGUGUCGGUGCCUUUCCUGUUCGCGUGCACGCUCGUGUACUCGCUCAUCAUCUACUGGGCCAUCCCGAUGAACUCGGGGGCGACGCACUUCUUCCGCUUCCUCCUGUACCUCUUCCUCGCCAUUUUCGCCGCCGAGAGCCAGUCGCUCCUCCUCGCCAGCGCCGUCCCUAUCUUCGUCGCCGCCCUCGCCUUGGCCAGCUUCGCGAACGGACUCUGGAUGGUAAACAUGGGCUACUUCAUCAAGAGCACGAGCCUGCCUCGCUUCUGGUACUACACCUUCCACUUCAUGGACUACCAAACCUUCUCGUUCGACCUCCUCGUCCGCAACGACUUCUCUGGUCGGGUCCUCCCCUGCGGCGUCGACGCGGCGGGCGCGUGCCUUUGCCCGAUCGAGAGCUCGCUGCUCGCGACGACGGGCGAGUGCGCCAUCUCGGGCCACGACGUGCUGCAGGACCUCGACAUUGCCGGCGUGUCGGACGGACUCUACGUCGGGAUCCUCGUCAUCAUCAUCAUCGUCUUCCGCCUGCUCAUGUGGGGCAUGCUCGUGUGGAGGAAGAGGUAG